UUUUUGGAAAAAAAUGAGAGAAAAUCUUAGGUUGGGAAUAAAUUUCAUAGAAAGUUUCGACCGAUUUUUUUGGCAAGUUGCAUAGAAAGAAAGUGUGGUCUGGCGUUCUUUUUGUAAUUUGCCCUUUUUUAAACGUCGCCAUAAACGAGAAAAACGCUCUCAAGAUUUGGAAGUUAAAAGGAUGUUACACAGUGUGUUCCCAUGUUCUAUUUGGGCAUUCGCGCGAUCGACCAAGCUUGCGUGCUCAAUAACAAAAAAGGGCGCAGGAACCACAGUGCCUGAGUUUGAAACACCAUUGGAGGCGCAUAAUAAAUACCAUGCUCCCCUGAAGCAUAUAAUCAUCUAAGUAAAAGUAUCACUUUGAUCGACUGUAAAGGCAAAGGCUUCGAGAGCAACAAUCUCUGUUUCUUGCUUGCUCUGUGACCUCGAUCUUCGGAGAAGUUGGUCAGAACCCGUGAUAUCGUCAUGGCAUAUUAUAUCCCACCACAUAAAAGAAACACCAAGGAUACAGAGAACUCAACAUCAUCACCUUCAUCACUCAUUCCCCAAUUGGAAGAGAGUUUGAAUUUGGGGACAUGGUAUGCUGGUUCCUCCGGUCAUUCAAGUGGGAAUCUCAAACGUGACAUGCCCAAAAGAUACUCCAAGGACUCCAUUUCAAGAUCGUGGCAUGUUGGGAUGUCGCAUGGUAUGCAAUCAUCAGAAUCUCCAUUAGUUUCUUUGAAACAAUAUCCUUGUGGAUUUGUUGAACAAACAACUGGUAAAAUGCCCCUUGCUAUUGUGGCUAAGGAAGAAAGUGGACACAAUACGACUUUGGAGCCUUGGUUACACGUUGCAGAGAAGAUACAACCGGACCUAAUUUCUGCUUUCCAAACUGUAAAAAGCCAAAUGGCUUUUGCGAUGUCUGAAGAAUUAAAGCUUUUACUGACUGUCCGCUUUGGGAAAAUUCUUUUUUAUGGAGGCACUUCAAGUUGGAACAAUUCUAUAAACCUGGACAUGAUCAGAAAGAGUUUAGAAGGUGAGGGUGAAAGCAAUAAAGUCCAUAAGACAUUCUAUGGAAAUGUUCCUGAGGAAUAUGUGAAAGCAAUUGAAUGUCAGGCCAUCCCAAAACUAGGACUGCUAUGUGGUACAAUUAAGGAGAAAUACUAUUUGAAGAUAUAUGACAAAAUGCAAGGUCAUGCGAAUCUUACAUGUAAAUGUACUAAAAGACUCAGUGGCAGUGUGCUUGAACUACAAAAGAUUGAGACAAACCCGCUACGACACUUGGUGGUUGACAUAUCAUGCCUUGGUAAGAAUGUGGACCUACAGUUGAUUUUGGCAUUCAAGAAGAUUUCCACAGAACUGACUGAGGAGGAAAUAUUCGGAAUAUAUGAACUGGUGAACUCUGCAGUUAUUGAUCCAAAUGUUAAGGGAAAACUGAGGUGGCCUCUAAAGAAAGAGGGAACUGGAGAUAGGUUUUCUAUUAGAGGAGUAUGGCAUACAGAAUCAAAGUACUUCCAGGGACAAACAAUGAAGCUAAAGCUGAGACAUGUAUAUCGAAAUUAUGACAAACACUCAACUGGACAAGUCUCUUGGGAAGUCAAUCUCGAAAUGCAAGAGAUAACCAGACUCUUGAUGGAUCAAAUGCUGGAUGGCAAUAAGGUCGCGGUGGAGAAACUUCAGGAAGCAUUAAAAUUCAUAUGGGAAGAGUUCUUGAGUUGCUAAGCCCUGAGACUGUUAAGAGUUCUUAUAGCAAUCUGAAUCAAGGGAAUUUUCUUUCAUCUUCUCUUGAGUAAUUUUGAACGAGUCAUGCUCAUGAAGCCAUUCCUGUUAAGCAUUGCUUUAGAUAUCCUUUUUUUCAUCCUGUUCUCAGCAUCAUAGUAUGUCAAAUGUCAAUGUAUUACAUUUCUGUUCACUAAAAUCAUUGUAAAGGGUGGUGGCUUGGAAGUUUGAAGGGGAAGAAUGUCCUAUA